CGCAUGCUGCCACCAUUUUCAUUUGUCUGUCUUGUCUUCAAUCAAAACAAACACGUACCAUCCUGAUGUGAUAAGCGAGAAAACAAUUAGUAAAGAACAACUAAUAGCUUAGUGUAGAUGAAUUAUCAGUUAUAUAUUUCUUCCGUCCGAUCAGAAGUGUUUUCCGAGCCACAAACUAGAUAACCUUUGUGUUAAAUACAAUCUAUGAGUAAUUCAAAUCUUGUGGUUAGCAAAACAAAGGAUCGUGUUUACCCCUAGCGCGGUUUUUUUAGUGUCUAUUUUUAAUAAUGUGCUAAAUUUUAAAACGGCCGAAUGGAAUCCACGAACUGUAGGUUGAAUAAGUACAGGCGAGUUAUCAACUUUGAUGAUUUCGUCGAUUUUUUGUACUCGCAAAAGGUAGUCGACGAAAACAAAUAUUAUGAAGUUUGGUCUAAGAGUGAAAAGGACAGAUUAUUUAGUUUAUUUGAGUUAGUAGAUUCCCAUAAUGAUGCCGAAAAGCUAGAGAAAAUAUUCAGCUUUUUAGAAAAAGAGUAUCCAAAUAUAGAUAGAAUUAUUGAAGAUGAGAAUAAAUAUAGAUUAGCUUCAGUUAGAGGAGGAUUCCCUAGAUUGCCACCAAAUUAUGUGUCUAGGAGAACUCUGGUUGAGAAGGUGAGACACAAGUUGCUGGAGCUGACAUGGGAGAAGAAGUUGGUAAUCCAUGGAAUGAUGGGUUAUGGCAAAUCGUGUCUCAUAAACGAGGUUGUGCAUUCUGUUCUAAAAUAUUUUGACCACCAUGUGUUCUGGAUCAAUUUAGGUGACUGCCAUAGUAAGGAGAAUGUAUGGCAGCCUAUGUGGAGACUAUACACUGCCGCAAGUUCUGUCACAGACAACAAAGCCUCACACUGCCAUGUUGAUAUCGAACGCUUAAAAGAAUCGCUGAUUCGACUGUUUAUGGACGGAAAGCUGCGGAAUUCGCUGGUUAUUCUUGACGAUGCCUGCAGCGAGAAUGUCCUCACCUACUUUGACAUCAAGUGCAAAACUGUCAUCACCACGCAAAAUAGGAAUAUUCUCAAGAAUGAGGAUGCGGAUUUUGUGUCGGUGAACUUUGGCUUUUCUCUGGAAGAGUCAUUGGACCUCUUCAAAACGUCCUUGAAAAUAACUAAAGACCUGCCUAUACUAGCAGAGGAGAUCCAUCAUAUUUGUCAAGGUCAUCCAAUGCUGAUCGCUCUCAUUGGUUCAUAUUUAAAUGAAAAUUCUGAUAUGGCUAAGGGUUCAGGGAAUGAUUUGUGGUUAUACAUUAAAGCAAUGUUGCGUCGUGGAAAUUACAGUUUGAACGAGUUCAACGCAGAUUCCAACAUAUCCGAGAUAGUCCGCAAAUGCAUAGAAAAACUCCUAACAGGUGACUUGAAAACCUUGUACCACGACUUGGCCAUAUUUAGCCAAGACGUAAACAUUCCCCCAGCCGUCCUGGAAGUUCUGUGGACCAAAUCAUCGCAUGAAAUACGCAACAUAAUGAACAAGCUGGCCGAGAAGUCGCUGGUAGUGCCGUUUUACCACGACAACUUGCAGACUUACAUCUAUGGUAUCCAUGAACUGCUUUUGAAUUCUUUGAGGGAACAAACCAAACAUCAAACUGCCGCGCUUCAUAGGAAGUUGAUUUCAGGUUAUGAUAGAAUAACUGGAGGCGACUAUUCCAAACUACCAGAUGAUAACUACACCUUGCAGUUUAUUGGAUACCAUCUGUCACAAGCAGAGGAAUUUGAUAAGUUUGAUGUGUAUUUUAAUUUGAAGUUUUUGGAGGCGAAAAUCAGAGCUGUAGGGAAAGAGGAUGUAUUGAGGGAUAUGGAGAAAUAUGCAAUAUAUAUUACCAAAAAUAAUAAUCUUCUAGAAGAAAAGUUGGAGCAGUACAAAGAUUUCGUGAGUCGAUGUGGUUGUCAAUUGUACAGCUACGAGAAAACUGACAUCCUUCAAUACGCCCUCAGAGAAAGCAAAGAUAGCAUGCUAUUCAAGGAUGCUCUGGAGUUUGCUAAAAAAUCUCAUCAACUUUACUUUCAGUUACAAAAACCUGUGGACGAACCAGAUCAUUCACAAAUAAUGAAAAUAAAAGAUAACAUAUCAUCAGCGUGUUUCGUGGAUUCACCUCACCAUAUUCUCAUUGGCACUACUGAGGGGAAAAUAAAGUUGUUUUAUGAGCAAAGCCCAAAAGAGAUCUCAGCUUUUGUUGGUCACCACAAAGCAAUCAAAACCCUAGUAGUUAGCCCAGACAAGAGGUAUUUUCUUUCUGUGAGUGAAGAUGGAGUUGUUUUCCUUUGGAAAUUUUCGGCCGACAGUUCUAGAAACAGCAUGGAUUUUAGCGGACAAUGUCCAGUUUCGCCAAAAACCAAACAACCUUACUGGCAAGACAUGCACACAGCAGACAAAGGUCAGAUUUCGCCUAGGAAAAAGUUCCAUGCCUUCGAUUUAGACGACGUACUUGUAUCAGCAGCAUUCUGUUACGAUUUUCCUGAUCAGUUCUUCAUAGUUACUGGUUCUAGCAAAGGAAACGUUAUAGUGUGGGAUGCCCUUAAUGGUACGCCUAGAUGCAACACUGGGAAUAGAGGUAUGGCCGCGCCUUGUGUAAUGUAUGUCCAAGACAGAGACGGUAGAGAUGCCAUCAUAUUCUCAUGCGAUGACAGCAUUUUCAAAUACCACGUGAACAGCGAAGGAAAACUCAGCUAUGCCGAAACUCUUUUCAACAAAGACACCUGUUGCUCGAUAUUCUAUGCUGAGGAAGAGCUGGUCACGGUCAGCGAUCGUAGUAUCACAGUUUGGAAAAACCACAAGUCCGAUAAAGUGCUGGAGAAUGUUGAUGAUAGCAAGAAGAAUAUUUCGUCCACUAUGACCAGCGAUGGGCAAUAUGUUGUUGUUAGUACCAGCCAGAGUACAGUCUAUAUUUGGGAUUUGGAAGAGAAGGCAUUGUUAAGGGAGUUUGAAAAUAGAGGACUGGCGAAGUCUUUGGACACAUUUUACGAUGAAGAUAAGUCGGUGCAUGUACUUUUGAUUGGAUCAGAUCGAAAUACUCUCCAACUUUGUCAUAUUCAACCCUACAAUGACAGGGAGCCGCAGGUCGAUGCUCCAGUCUUCGCGUCUCAUUGGAAGCGAAAAAGUCCGCUAACUGCCAUCCGAAAUGAUGAAAAUAGAAUUCAGAUCUUCAGUGGCUAUGUACAAGUUUCUGAAACAGAGCAGCUGACUACCUUGGUCACUUGCGUUUGUUUUUCGCCGUGUGGAAAUAACAUAAUAUACGGUUUCACAAACGGAGAAAUACGUAUGUUCAACAUAAAGACGAAGAAGGAAGUCUGCAUUGAAAAACCAUUGACAACGAAUGGCCAGAAGCACCCAGUAACUUAUCUACAUUGCUACGACCCUACCGGCUUUUUAACUGCUAGAUCUUGUUCGAAUGGCAGUACUGACAGUUUGGAUCUGAAGGACUACAAAAUCGGUUGCAUAGUCUCCCACACCAGCCAGUAUCUUAUGAGGAUCCGGAAUGAAGAGAAGAUAUUAGAGCUGCACAUUGAUAAUCCUAUGGUGUUCUACGCGUACUCUGAUCUCAUUUUGGUAGAUAGGAAGUGCAAUGUUAGUGUUUGCAAUGUGGAUAAUGGGAAAUUUAAUAAGUUACAGAAUGGGCAUAUUUUGGAAGAGGUGAAUUUUAAUACAGCAGAAUUCAGUGUUCAGAAGUGCCUUUUAGCUAUAGCGUUUGAACAGCUAGACAAGUUCCUAGACAUAUACGCCUUAUCAGAAACCUAUGACUCGAUGCAACUCUUGAAGAGGUUGGAUCUCAAAGGGAAAGUCAGAUCUUUAAGAUUUUCCACUGAUGCCUCUCUGUUGGUUGCUGGUUUUGCGUCAGGAGACAUCGAGAUCUGGAACUUGAAUGAAAAAUACAAAUCUACAAUCUUGGUUCUGCAUAGCGGUCCUGUUGAAAAUUUAUACUUUUCUCCCAAUGUUGAACCGAUUUUGGUGAGUCUCGGUGAAGAGAUAGCUUGGUGGAAUCUGAAACAGCUGCAAAAAGGAAAGAAGACCAAAGGCAGGCCAAAAAGCAUCGACAUAAUACGUAAUAUUAACGCAGUCGAAUCAAGCUCGAUGAACAUAACAUUCUGGGUAGAACGACAACCAGUUUCCAAAACAGACCAUCUCCUGUCUUGCAUGAAGCUACAUGGCAAGGCCAAAUAUGUUUCCCCUUCUAACGAUUUCAGUUCUUUCCUUACUGUAGAUGACACAGGGAAAGUCUACAUUAUGGAAACUAUAUUGCCAGAUGAAUAAGUUGGUUAGGCUAUUGUGCAAUAACUGAACAGGGUGACUCAAUAUGAUAAGUGCAUAUUCAUAGUCCUUAUCUGCACCAACUCUAAAGAUUUUUCAUACAGUUCUUUUUCUCCCAUAGAUUUGAUGACGCUUAUGUGUCUUUUAAAGGAAAUUUGGUUUGCAAAGAAUGCUCAAAAAACAAUCCUAGACUAAACUCGUAAAAAUAAUGGUAUUGAGCAUUGAUUAACAUAUUUCACCUGAAGAUAGACAACCACUCAGUAUCAAAAAAAUUAUCCUAGAUAAAAUGAGAUAUCCUGUGAUCAUGUAUGAGAAUUUGUCACAGCUAUGUUUCUCCUUUCCGCAAUAAUUAGAAAUUUUCUUUGAACAUGUUAAUGUCUCGUAGAUGGUGCUGUAGAUGAUAAUAUCUAACACACUAACGUAUAUUAUUAAUUUCUGAGGAGAGGAGAAAAGAAUGACAGAUUCUCAUAGUUGACCAUAUAUUUCAUUUUAUCUUGAAUAAUUUUUUAGGAGCCAAAUAACGGUACAUAGUUGUUUAUCUUCAGGUAGGAUACAUUACUAAAAUGUCACUCGCUAAUAUAUUGAUAUGGAUCAGUUUGAGGAAGAUAGUUACAGUCCACAAUCUCUAUAUUUAGUGCCAUUUUGCUUCUUUUGUCAGUAUAUUUGAUGAUAUUUCAGGAAUAUUGACAUUGUGAAAUAUCCAUAACAAUAUUCAUUUCAUAUACCUUGCAUAUGUGACCAUUAGCGAAUUGUUUUGAGGUGGUCAUUAGGCUGUGCAGUGCUGGAAUGCAAGGUUUGGUUGAUGGAAAAAAUGUGUAGCUCCUUUUUUACUCAAAAAUCGUCUCUCUAUCAAAAUUGUCAAACCAAAAUAAUCGUGGUACGUCACAAGCAAGAUAUUUAUGGCACUAAAUAGCGAUAUUACAACCUGUAAGUAGCACACUAUACCUGAAGCGUAUAUAGAACUUAAGUGUGGGUGGCUAGAAUGCAAAGCAAAAUGAAAAUAACUGAAAACCAACGUUCGAAAUAGAAUGGGGGAAGAAAUGUGCUAUGCAACAAUAAAUAAAAGAAUAAAAAAUAUGCAUGCAAAAGGUGGUCCGUGGUUUACCUAAAAAUUGUCACAUUUGCUCAACAUUUAAUCAGCAUCUUGUUCCGUAUAUACGUCACUGCUCUCCACAUAUCAUGUUGAAAAUAGAAUAUUGAUGAAAUUGCCCAUCUUCAGGAAUAUCCAAAUCCCAAUUUACCCUUGUUGAUAUAACAAAAAACUUUACUUAUAAUGAAAAUAAAUUCAGCACCCUUUAUUGCCAAGGCAUGUUCAGCUCAGUAACAUUACAAAUCUACUUGCUUAUUUUUCUUUUUUUUAUUUUUCUUGGAAUAUUCAUUAAGGACCCUGUAUAAUAACUAUUUCAAGAACUGAACUUCGCCACCCUUUAUCUCCAAGGCAUGUUUAGUUCAAUAACAUUAUUUUUACAAAAUUACUUGCUUAUUGUUUUUUUGGCAUAUUGAUUACGGACCGCCCUGUACAUUUUCCUCACAAUUCAUUUCUCUCGGUUUGAGUUCAAUUGAAUAUUACCGUUGAAUAUUACAGAAAAAAUUGGUGUAGAGAUAGUUGUAGGUUUGUUUGAGUUGCCCUGAAGACGUGAACAAUGUGCAAUGGCAAUACGAAAUUGCUCAAAGGUGCUGGUACCUAGCUCAAUUUUUUUAAGAGAAGGAGCAAACAUUACAAGAAAUCUUCAUAAGGCAGUGAGUAAAUGUGAUGACAUAUCGUGAUCUUUUUUAAGAGAAAAAUUUUUUAUUACGCAUUUUAUAUUGAUAGCAAUUGUUUGUUGUAGUUUUAAUUUGUUUAUUAUUGGGCUUUCUGUUAGUAUAAAAAUGAAUAUAAGAAACAUUAGAGGAAAAUAUGAAAAAAUACCAUAAAAAUAUUGUAGGUUUUGUUCUAACAGAAUUUCUGUUUAUGCAUACUAUUAUAAUUUUUGUUUAGCAAAUGUGUAGUAUAAUUUUUUCUAAAGAUAACAAUCUACUUUGCAAUGUUAAUGUUUUAAUAGGCAAGGAAAUAGGUAUUUUUUUGGUACAAUUUUAAGAACAGUAAAUUUUUUUGUAACAUGGUUAGAUUAUUGCUUCAUAGUGAUUUCAAGGAGCACUUGCCGCCAUUUUGAUAAACGAGUUGGACAGAAAAUUUCGAAAACCAUCGAUCCUAUGUAAAAAAGUAAUGAAAUUUUGUAUCAAAUUACAUUCUUAACCAUUUUCUAUAAAACGUUGGCAUAUAGUCAGGUGACAAGAAAUUCAAGGGUAAAGUUACAUACAAUGAUAUUUUCGCUCAUAUUGGCUAAAGCUAAGCGUAUUAUAUAUAUAUAUAUAUAGUAGAUAAUAAAACUUUCUACAAAAAGUGUCGUCUACGCUUUUUCGGCACCUUGAUGGUUCUUCAAGUAUAAGAAAACAGUCGGUCGACAUAAUACGCACUCUACUUACGUUGUCCAUUUUAAGUGAAUCCAUUUUUUACAAUGUAAUAUUUUCGGACAAUUUAUGAUGGUUUUAUCAUAAAAAUGCCGAUCACCCACUUCCGUUAGUCUGUCUAUUGGCGGCUAUUUUGUCACUUAGCAGUCGUUGUAGUGAUUUUAAUGAAAAGGGAGUGAUGACAUAAACAUCAUCUACUACAUCUAGUACAUCUCCUCUUCCAUUAAAAUCGUUGCAACGGAUACUGAAAUUACUCGGUGACAAAGUAAUUAGACAGCAGUGGCGACUUUUCCUAAACUGUUACCAAAACCAGAUAUGAAAAAUCUUAUUAAAAACAGUUUACUUUGAACCUCCCAAAUGUAAGUUUUUGCUUAUUUUAGGUAUUUUAUUUAAACUAUUUUUAAAUUAAGGUAAACAUUCCUAUGAAUGUUAACAAUUCCCUGUAAUUUCCUCUAUAGUCAGAGUCAUCCACUUCAAAAUGAACGGUAAUUGUUUUGUCAAAAAACAUACGGUAUCUAGAAGUGUGCUGCCUAAAAGCGUGAUUAAGACAUGUUUCGAUUCUUGUUUCGCCAAACUGAAUUAAAUUGGCUACGCAUCUCACAUGUAACGGAGAAAUUUCAUGUCUCCUCUUUAGAGCUCUAAAACUAUUUAAAUCGUUGACUCCGCUGCUGGUCCACCCAUUUUUUUCUGUAUAAAACAGAAGACAUCGCCAACAAUACAAUCUGUUUUUUGGCAACCACAUAACCAAGAGUCUCCAUAUACCAACUUAAUUUAAAAUAUCAAACACGUUUUUUUAUUCCUUUUUAAAAUUAUCUAAAAUAGGUUUUGGUCUUCCAUUUUCAAUGAUCUCCUUUUUUUCUUAAAAAUCAUACAAGGAGAAUGACUUUCCAAGUAGUUGAUGGAUUACGCAGUGACACUCAUCCAUGUUUAAUUUCACGCACACUACAGCCGGUAACCAAAACGGCUACUAACGAGUGAGAUAGUGAGUAACCAAAUCAAAAAAUGGUAACAAGUCCACAUAAUAGUCGCAGCGCCCCACGCACUCGGGCGACCGCGAUCAGACACGAGCCGUAUACCGACGGUCCCCGACGAACUACCAAUUGUAUCCAUAAAUGAAAAUGGUAACAACCCACAACCAAGUCGAGGCGAGUCAGCUUCAUCGUGUUCGCGAUACCUAGAAACAAUAGAGCGCAUUAUUUACGUGAGGCUAAUUUGCUAUUUACUGAAUUACUAUUACACAUCGCUGUUGGCAAACAAAUAAAUGAAAUUAUUUCACAGUACUUAGUCAUCAAAUAUUUAUUUUUAAGAUUUCUAACUGUUACCAAUGGUAACAAUGGUUACAUGGACGCUUCGCCAGUGUUAGACAGACUGAUUGGAGUGAGUGACUUAAUCUUCAUAAUGAAAACAUCACAGAUAUCAAAAAAUACUGAAUUAUCCAUACUGAAACGUGGCAGUAAAAAAUGGAUUGACUUUAAAAUGGUAUUCUUGAUCAGUUAAUAAUUAACUUUUCUUCUCGUGAAAUAAUGUCAAACGCGUUUAUCAAAAUGGCGGUAAAUGAUCCAGUCCUAUCAUGACGCCAGUUUGAACUUAUUGUUAGGAAGCAAUAAUCUAACGACACCACCGAAAAAUUUACUGGCACCAAAAUUGUAGGAUUUCCUUAUACAAAAUCUCCCUAUUUGUUGGCCUAUGAUUCCAAAGACCAAUACACGAAUCAUGGAAAAAUUCACUGUAUUGCCAUAUUUUUGCAAGUGAAAUGUUUUCAAGUUUCAUAAAUAUUUUUCUCGAGUACUAGCAUUAAUCGAAUUGAAAAUUAUAUCAUUCAUUAACGUAUUCUACCUGAAUAUGAGACAGUAGCAGAACUUUAAAAUGAAUUUAGACUUCUACUUUGGAAAUAGAGCUACCACUGAGUCAUAGAGGGCGCUAGGUUCUUUCAGAUUCUUUUUUGGGUGCUGAGAUACAGUGUACGUUUCGCUAUUUUCAGGUAGAAUACGUUCAGCUAUGACUCCAUUGUAUUUUAAAUUUUGGAGAGUUUUUUGGAAUAACGAUGAAGUUGCAGAUUAUAUUCAGUAGAGCUUUAUCCUCCGAUAUUUAUUUCUUAUAGUUUUAUAUUUUAUUUUGUUGCAUGUUUUGUUUUGUUUGUUGUAGUACAAUUAUAUACGGCUAACAUUUUUUUAAAUGAUAUAAUUACCUGCAUAUACUAAUAUCCGUGUUUGAAUUUCUUUUUCGUAAUUUUAAACAGUUCCUUUGUCUGUAAGUCGUCUUUUUAGGUCAUGAAAUUUGUGCUACUAACCGAUUUGACAAUCUUUUUAACUUUACCUUACUUUUCCCAUUGAUCCGACUUUUUACUAAGAUUAUUGCAUCGAACUAUCGUGGAUACUACCAUUGAUUAACAUAUUUUACCUGUAGAUAGCCAACUGUUCGGCGUCCAAAAAAUUAUCCGAGAUGAAAUGAGAUACCCUAUCGUAAUAUAAUUUGUUGCAGAUAUGUCUCUGCUCUCUGCAAUAAUUAGAGAACUAUUUUGAAAAGGUUAAUAUCUCAUAGAUGGCGCUGUGGCCAGCUAUAUGCUUAUUUAAACCCAAAGACGCUAACAUUUUCAAAGUAGAUUUCUGAUGAUUGCGGAUAUGAGAGUCAUAGUUGUGAUAAAAUCUCAUAGAUGACUUUACGGUAUUUCAUUUCAUUUCGGAUCAUUUUGUGGACGCCGAAAUACAGCAUUCGGUUGGCUACCUUCCGGUAGAAUACGUUAAUAACCGAUACUAUUUUUUUAACUAUAGUGAGUCUUUUACCAUUAUUCAUAAAGUUAUAGUGCUUUUUUAGUUAAUCUCUAUUGAAACCCUAAUACUCCAUCAUUUGAUCUCUAGGUCUCUAUGUAGAACCAUUUAUUAAAGUAUUCUACCUGAAUAUAGCCAACAUAAUACUAUAUUCCCGCGUUCAAAAAAUGAUCCAGUAUGAAAUGAUCAUAUCUAUGAGAAUAAUAAUAAUAAACGGCUUUAUUUUAUAUAAAUAGAUACAUAGAUAAUUGCAAACUUAAUUCAAAUAAAGAAAUACAAAUGAAAAAAUUACAAAAUGUUAAGACAGUUCACAAUAAUAUUAGAACCAUUAUUAUAACAUAAUUAUUCACAAUUCACUGUUUGCCUACACUGUUCCUCAUAUAAAUAUUUUUUACAUUUUUACUUCCCACGGCUAAUGGUUUUGCAAUCGCGAAAAUUUUAGAAAAUGAGAUAUGUUUUUGGAUGUACGUCACGAAAAAUGAUGUCAGUCAUUUCCGUCGGUGUGUAUGUUGGUCGCCCGCUAAUAGAACUUGGCGCAAUUGUACCUGAAGAAACGCUCAAAUAGGGAAGUCUUUUGUUUGGGAAUAUUAAGUAACUCUACAUUUUGUAGAUUGAUGCUGUAUUCCAUAUAUACCUGAAUUUCAUUUUUUCAUUAAAAUAUUUCGGUACCUUGAUCUCAGUAGUUUUAUUUAUUAGACACAUCAGAUGUCACAGCUAUGGUUCUCCUUUCUGCAUUAAUUAGAAAUCUGCUUUGAAAAGGUUGGUUUCUGUAGCUAAACAUAUCCUAUAUACUAAUAUAGUUGGCUCCAGCGCCAUCUAUGAGAGACUAACCUUUACAAAGUAGCCGUGAAAAAUUCUCAUAGAUGUCGGCUACGGUAUCUGAUUUCAUCUUGGAUAAUUUUUCGGGCGCAGGAAUAUAGGAUUAGGUUUUGUCUCUUCAGGUAAAAUACGUUAAUCAAUAGUAGAACUAAAAUAAUAUGCUGCCAUAUACUGGUAGUAAAACCUCAUUUAAUAUGAAGUAUUAUUUUGGAUGUCUUUCUAUCAUCAUGUGUUGCUGAAAUAGGGAGUUUAACCUGAAGUAUCAUCAUAUAGGGUCAAUAUAAACAAUGACAAUUAUUCUAGGGCAAAAAAUACAACAAAAAGGUGUCUAUACACAUAUGUUCUGAAAUGUUCUGUUUAACUAACUAUUAAGUAUUGAAAUAACGCUAUGGGAGAGAUAGGAUUACUCUCCUAAAAUGUUAGAUGCAAUUUUCAGUAUUAAACUUAAGCGUAUUUUCAAAGUAGAACUUGUUGAAGUUAUAUAGUUUUUUCCUUAUAUGUUCAAACAAUAUUAUCUCUAACAGAAAUCUGACAAAAAUUUCUUGAGACAGGUGAUAUAUGUAAAAAUUGAAUACCAUGUUUCAUAAUGUAGUAGAUGUUUCAAAGAAGCCAGUGUCAUAGAAAAUAUUGUUCAUUGUUAUGUAUGGUCAAUAUUUUCCAAUUUUUACGCUAAUAGUGUAGCUUCAGAUACAAUUCUUAUGUCUAGGCUGUACAACAUGUGCAAAAUUUUAAGUGAAUAUCUUAAUCGACUCCGAAGAUGUAUUUUUUUUCGAAAAUAAUUUACAGGAACAAUCAAUAGUAACAUCAAAUGCUAGAUUCUCUCAUGACUAAAAGUUCAAAUUACAAAUUGAAUUUAAAACAUGAAUGAAAAACAGAAUAACAAGAAAUAAAAACAUGAUCAUGAAUGAAGCUAAAAUUGACAUUAAAAAAAAGUACGGCUAUAUUUACAAAAAUAUACAUCUCUGGCACUGAAUAGGUAUGUUUAAAAUGACUUAAAAUCACUUGAGGAUAUCGUAAUUGAUGUCGCAUUCUUGACAUCAACAUUCAUGUGUUAAACACACAUCACACAUACUUUUAACUGGAGGAAUGUCUGAUAUAUUAGUUCUGCCCCUAGCAUUAGAGCGAGUAGAUCUUUUUGCACCAUAAAACUGAUUUUGAAUAAUGAUUCCGGACUAUUCAGCACUGUUAGGUCAUUCAACUGUCGAAGAUAAUCCAGUGUAUCAAAAUUAAUGUUUUGGAGUAGAAUAUUGUUAUAUCAAAAUUAUAACUUCAACUUCCUGUAUCUUGGUAAGGGGUCUUAUUGGGACCUAUGUUUAUUACCUUAUGCCUUAGAAAUAUUUUCAUUGUUUUCUGAAUCACCCUGAAGAUGAAGAAAUAUCAGGAUAGAGGACCAUCACAGUUUGAUGUUUGAAAAUUACAGUGCAAAAGCAUUUUAGACAUACACUUCAUCUUUAAUUCGAAUUUACUACCAGUACCACUUAUAAGACCAAAAUACUAUAAAAAACAACUGUUGAUCUAAGGCACUUCACACAAUUUUGAAGGAAAGUGUGGUCUAUAUCGUUAUGAGUGUAGGGUUGUGAAAAGUAAUAAAUAUGAAUAUCAGCUGCAAAUAGAGGCGAACUCUCGAAAUUUUAGCAUUUUUGUAAAAUCUUGGAAUGAAUAUACAGGGUGUUAGGGAAAUAAUAUUCGUAACUAUAAGAGGUGAUUCCUUGCAUUAUUCUAAGCAAAAGAGUUCAUUAUAACUUUUAUCCGGAAAUCAAUCGUUUUCGAGGAAAGUGAGUCGUAAGUAAUCAAAUUUUCUCAAACAUUUGGCAAUGCUGCAUCGCAACCGCGAUUCGAGCGCACGACGAACGCAACUGAUUUAUCGAAUUGUUUACGUUUGUAUGAUAUUUUUGUUGAAAAUAUGCCUUGAAUUAUGGAAUACUUUUAUGCAAUUUCUUGUGGCUAAUAUUUUUUAUUUAAUAACGCUUUCAUUGCAGUACAUUUACUUAAAAAAAUGACAAAACUUACCAGUACGUGGCGAUACACACCACCAAUUCCCACGAUUAUCAGUCACUUAUUUGAAACGAUGCGAUGCACGAAAAAAGAAAAAACCAACAUCCGUAAAUCACAUAAAGUUACAGUUAAAUGUAUUAGUAAACACAACACGCGAUAAUACAUGCAGUGCAGGCGAAGUACGACGUUGCCAGUUGUGUGAGGGAUUUUGUUUGUCUGUUUUUCUUCUGAAAAUUGUAUGUAAUAAGCGAAAAAAAUAUUUUGUUAGAGACAGUUAAUUAAUAAAUAGUUGUAUUGAUACAUUUUACGCUAUUAGCCAUAUGUAUUUAAAUUAUUAAGGCGCAAAAUUAUUUCAUGGCUAAAAAGAAAUAAGUUCAGCAUUUUUUUGCUCCGAAACGGUUGAUUUUCGGAGGUUUUUUGCUUAGAAUAAUGCAAGGAAUUACCUCUUAAAGUUACGAAUAUUAUUUCCCUAACACCCCGUAUAUGAUCGGUUAACAUAUUUCACCUGAAGAUAGUCAUAUACAUACUAUAUUUCGGAGCUCAAAAAAGGAUCUGGCGUCAUUAUGAGACUGUAACAGAUCACAAAAAUAAAUUUAAAAAUUUUAGAACAAGUUGUAACUACUACUGUUUCCGUAUCUUCGGGCACUCAGUAGCGUAUUCCGACUGAAGAUAUUCAAUUAAAAUGAGAGGCGCCCAAAAAAGACUUAAAAUUCCAAGUGCCAUCUAUCAGGGAUUAGAACCAAAUACCCUAUCAUCAAAGUAGAUUUGUAAAUUCAUUUUUGUAUCCUACUGCGGUCUCAUAGAUGACGUUAGGAUUUUUUAGAUCCUUUGGGUCCCGAAAUACAGGAUAUGGAUAGGACAGGAUAUAUAUAUAUAUAUAUAUGAUAUUGGCUAUUAAUUACGUUAAUCAAUGAUAGUAUGCAUGGUGUUACAGACUGUUAGGAAAAAACGGCAGAUUCAUCACGAGGAAAUUCUAAAGAGGUUCUCAUAAGCAUAUCUAGGCAGUAUCAAUCUGGCUUUAUGAUACUGAUGCUGAUUUUUUCUAAAACCAAUGGCGCAAUUUCUAUGACUAUCAUACAGUUAACGGUAUGAGCUCCACUGAUGUAAGUGGUUUAGAGUAUAAUUUUGAACACGUUAAUGUGACCUGUGAUAAUUAAUUUGCGUGUUCCAAAAUUCAUGUCAUUAUCUCAAUUUGGAAAAUCAGUAUUUCCCGACCUAUAUUUAAAUGAGAUUUUUUUCGUAUUUUAACGUUCAGAUUUCUUGACAUUCUGUAACACCCUGUAUAUUUGAGAGCACAUGGUAGAUUAAUUCCUUAAAAUAUUAAUUAACCCUACUGCAAACAGCACGUUUUCUUUGAAAAAAAUGCACACACAUUUAUUGAGGUUUGCACUUUUUAAAACACUUGCAAAUAUGUGUGAAACUUAACAUUGGUUAAUAAAACCCUUGAAUUGCUAGAAUUCUGUAGUGCUCUCCUCUACGUGUGGAUGGUAUUGAUAUAAUAUGUUGUGCCAAAUAAACGAAAAUUAGUUAUAAGUUACAAUGUAAGUAUGUCUUUGAGGCACAAGUUCAUAUUUUUACUUGUAUAUAUAGAUAUAUUGACCAUAUUCGAAAUUCAGUUAGCUCUACUGACGCCAUCACAUUUUGCAAACGUUCUAAAAAAAAAAGGAAAGACUGAUCAUUCUAAAUUUUAACUUUUUUGAUCUCUCACGCACAUUCUAUUUGGCGAUAGCUAACUGUUUUUCUUCAGAACAGUGCAUAGUAAAUCAAACAAAGUACAAAAUGAUAAUUAUUCAAAACGUGCUUUUACAUAUUAUAUUUUUGUAAAAAUGCAUAUUUUAUCACUACAGCUUUGGUCACGUGUUUAAACCCCAAUCUUUGUUUUUUUUAUGUUGAGAGAUAGUAAUAGGGAAUCCAUACAGAAUAGUGGAUAGUGACCAAGUGAAAAAAACAUUUUGGAUGAUUUACUCUGUACCCUUUAUUUUAUACUAGUCUUGUUUUGAUAUAUAAAAUUUUACAUUGCAUUUAUAUGAAAAUUGUUAUACAUCCGAAUUUAUCAAAUUGACAUAUUUUGUUCAUUCCAUUUUUUGCAUUUUUGUGCAGUAUCCUGGGGGUGCGCCAAUACACAGGUAUUUGUAUUCUACAGAAAAUUUUUGUCGUGGAAUAUAAGCUGUAGUUUUGUGUAAUUUAGGCCACUAUAUUUUGUAUUGUAAUUUAUUAUUCAAUAUACUAUUUUCACGGUAA